AUGCCCCUGCCGCCCGCGGCUCUCACCAGCAGCAUGCUCUAUUUCCAGAUGGUGAUCAUGGCAGGGACGGUGAUGCUGGCAUACUACUUCGAGUACACGGACACGUUCACCGUGAACGUGCAGGGCUUCUUCUGCCACGACAGCGCCUACCGCAAGCCCUACCCGGGCCCGGAGGACAGCAGCGCCGUGCCCCCCGUGCUCCUCUACUCGCUGGCCGCCGGGGUCCCCGUGCUCGUGAUAAUAGUUGGAGAAACUGCUGUGUUUUGCCUACAACUAGCCACGAGGGAUUUUGAAAACCAGGAAAAAACUAUUUUAACUGGAGACUGUUGCUAUAUAAACCCACUGGUACGCCGAACUGUCCGAUUUCUUGGAAUUUAUACAUUUGGACUAUUUGCUACAGAUAUCUUUGUAAAUGCUGGACAAGUAGUUACAGGGAAUCUGGCACCACAUUUUCUUGCCCUGUGUAAGCCCAACUACACGGCACUUGGAUGUCAGCAGUAUACACAGUUCAUCAGUGGGGAAGAGGCCUGCACGGGCAACCCUGAUCUCAUCAUGAGAGCAAGGAAAACAUUUCCAUCCAAAGAAGCAGCUCUCAGUGUCUAUGCAGCCAUGUAUCUGACAAUGUACAUUACCAACACAAUCAAAGCCAAAGGAACCAGACUUGCUAAGCCAGUUCUAUGCUUGGGAUUAAUGUGUUUGGCCUUUCUUACUGGACUCAACAGAGUAGCAGAAUAUCGAAAUCAUUGGUCAGAUGUGAUAGCAGGCUUUCUGGUUGGAAUAUCUAUAGCAGUAUUUCUGGUCGUGUGCGUGGUAAAUAAUUUCAAAGGAAGACAACCAGAAAACGAGCAUAUACACAUGGAUAAUCUGGCACAGAUGCCAAUGAUCAGCAUUCCUCGAGUAGAAAGUCCUUUGGAAAAGGUAACAUCUGUACAGUUAAAUGAUUGCUCAGAGGGUUACCAGUGGCUUCUCCACAGCCCUGUCCACUUCCACAUUCUGAUCCGUAUCUUAGAGGAAGAGUUCAGUUACAUGUUAAUCAGCUGUUUAGAUGAUGUGAACCCGUGA